AUGCUGCUGCCAUCAAUAGCUAUCCUUCGACUAUUCUAUGUUCUAAGUGCAAUUUCAAAUGUUGUAAAUGGCGGCGAUUGGAACGGCUGGAGUUUAAAUUCAAAUAAUGAUUGCUAUCAACGUGAAGAAUUGCCUCAGCAAUUACCGCUUACCAAUAUGUCACAUCCAUCUCAAUUCAUUAAAAGAGGGUUCUAUAAAACAAGUGGUGUUGUAACAGCAACGCCAAUCGUGUAUCAUGGACGUGUCUACUUUCCAGAUUUGAAUGGUACAAUCUAUUGUCUGAAUGAAACAAACGGAAAACUGAUGUGGAAUAGACAUGUAUCACCAAUAUUAAAUUAUCCUACAUAUCCAGCACGCGUUAGUCCAGUUGUUUAUGGUGAUCAACUGAUUUUAGGUAUACAAACAAGCACAAUUGCAGAUUUAUAUACAAGUCCUGGUUCAGUUGUGUUUUCGUUGAAUCGAUUCACUGGACAGUUAAAAUGGAGAAAACGGGUUGAUACACAUCCUGCUUCAAUUAUAACCUCGACUCCUGUUAUUAUUCGUGAUCUGAUAUUGAUAGGGGUUUCAUCAAAAGAAGAAGUGUUAGCUGUUUAA